AUGAGGUUGCUGAAGUUCUUGCUGAGAUACUUCCCUCCAGGUAUCGCCCUGGAGUACACUCAAGGAGGGGACGUGAAGACGAAGAUGAUCGACCUCCUGGACCUGUCUGCAAAGACCGAUAUCAAAGCUUUGGCGGAGAGCAUCAGAGCCUCGGAGCCCAUCAUCACGGAAACCGUGAUGGACCAGCUGGUGGAAACUCUAGAGAGGCUGCAAUCCAAGGUCUGCGAUACGAGUGUCAAGAGAUACUACAAAUACAAGACCCUGCAGACGCACCUGUUGCCUUUGACCAACAUCGCUUUCGAUAAACUAGGUAAAAGAUGCCUGACGGGCAGCUACGACCGAACUUGUAAAGUUUGGGACAUCGACAGUGGAGCGGAGCUUCUUACUCUCGAAGGCCAUCAGAACGUGGUGUACGCCGUCUCCUUCAACAAUCCAACCUCGGACAAAAUCGUAACCGGGUCCUUCGACAAAACGGCGAGAGUCUGGUGCUCGAAGACAGGCCACUGUUUAGUCAAUUUGUGGGGUCACAAUGCAGAAGUGGUCGCAGUGAAGUUCUCGCCAUCUCAGAGCCACGUGGCCACGGGAUCCUUGGAUGCAACUGGGAAAAUCUUCCACGUGGAAACCGGUCAGGAAUUGGGUACCUUGAGAGGACACACGGCCGAGGUAAUCGCCCUGCAUUACAACAACGAGGGCAAUCAAAUCAUUACGGGGUCCUUCGACGGGACCGUGAACCUUUGGGACACGAGGACCUUCCAGAGGACGAGUGCAUUGAUCGGCCAUCGGGAGGAGAUCUCCAAUUGUCUGUACAACUUCGAUUGCUCGCUUAUCGGCUCUUCGUCCCUUGAUAAGACGGCCAAAAUUUGGGACCCAAGGACCAAUUCGUCCCUGGCGACGAUUUCAGGCCACGACGACGAGGUUCUUGACCUGACCUUUGACAAUCGGGGGAAAAUGUUGGCGACUGUCAGUAGCGACACGACUGCCAGGGUUUGGGAUGUCAGCAAGGAUUUUCAACAGCUGGCUGUCAUGGAGGGCCACAGAGAAGAGGCCUCUAAAGUUUGUUUCAGUCCUAAUAGUCAACAUCUUUUGACGUCGUCUUCGGACAAGACUGCCCGACUUUGGUCACUGGAGUCCAGCUACCUUGUCCAAACCCUUGGUGGUCAUACAGGAGAGGUGUUCAGUUGUGCAUUUUCGUACACUGGUGAUACCAUUAUCACCGCCAGCAAGGACAAUACAUGUAUGGUCUGGAGGUGACUAGACUGGUUCCAAGUGGGCGCCUAGCUCCUCUUGUUGGUCCUCUUCUUCAGCUACGUCGUGUAUUUCUUUAUCCUCUGAGAGGCCUCGUGCUUUGAAAUGAAGGUGCCCCUAAAUCUGGACUCCUUGCAGAAGAUAAUCUCGUAUUAAAAUUCCUAAACCGAUGUACAGGUACCUAAGAACGAUUUAAAGUCCUAGCUCAUCGAUCCAACAUAAUCUGCAUAUCUUUAAAGAGUCCUCGGCUAUUAUUUUCACGAAGUGAAUUCAUCAAUUCUGACCCACUGAUUUUUAAUCCUCUAUAGAGUACAUCUCGUUAUUGGCAAUCGCAGAGUGUAAAUACACGGUAGAAUGUUUCGAUAAUUUUUUUUUUUCCCCCCAAAGUAAAUAGAGAAUAUCGAUAUUUAUAUACAGUCUAUUUGUACGUAACUGUAAUUAUUUGCAAUUCGAUCGAUAUGGAAAAUUAUUGAGAAAUACGAAUCCGGUAUUCCCGAGCUAGAUGGCAUAC